AUGGCCCGCGACUCGCGCGACUCGUUGCAUGCGACGCUGCACCAGCUGCACCAGGCCGCCGCCCACUCGCACUCGCUCACCACUUUCGACGACCUGACUGCGCCACCCGCCCCCGCCGCCACGGGCGAGCCGAAGGGCAUAGAGCUGGUGCAGGGCGGCCUGAGCGGCCUGUACAGCCGCAUCCGAGCGUCCGUUGGCGGCGGGGGGAGGGACGCCGCCGUCGACGGCCCCGACAGCUCGAGACCCAGCGCCAUCGGCCGCAGCCCGGGCGGCGCCUCUGCAGUCUCCUCGCCCGUGCUGGCCUCUGUGCCCCCGUCGCGUCUCCAGUCGCCAUCCUCGGUCGCGUUUCCCGACCUGCUGCCGCCGCCGCCGCCGCCGCCGCCGCCCUCGCGCGACUCGACCGCCUCGAGUGCCACCGUCACGAGCAAGCUCUCGCUCAACGGCUCCAAGUCGUCCCUCCAGACCGCGCGCUCGCGCCCGUCCGCAGCGCCAAGCCUCGAGCCGAUCAGGCCACGGAGAGACGACGACGCGUAUGCACACAGCCCUGUGAGCGCCCACGCGCGCAUCCAGAGCGGGUCCGCCUUUGACCUGCCCAAGAAUGCCUCGGCCAAGGACUUUGCGCCCGGCCGCGCGGCGUCGCCGUCGCCGCGAUUUGCGCCGCUUCGAGACGACGGCGCUCUGCGCCGCAAACGAACCAACAUGGAGCACGGCGCCCAAGACAGCGACACGGAAGACGACAUGGUCGUUGUGGACAGCGACAAGCCUGUCGACACGGCCGGCUUCAAGUUCCCUGCCGAUGCUGUCCACGACAGCCCCAAGCAGUUUUCCGACAACGGCUCCGAAGACACGGAGAAGCAGCACGCCGCUGCCCGCGCUCGAACCCCCGUCAAGGCCCCCGAGCCACAGCGUCCACCGCUGCUGAAGAUUGGCCCUUCGCACUUGCCCGGCUUCCAAAACUCACGAACCUCGUCCUCUGACGGCAUCGGCUCUGUCGUCACGACUUCGACAAUGCGCACGCCCACUGUAGCUCCCAUCAAGGAGAUCCAGCGUCAAGCCCACGCCAGCCCUGCCGUGAACAGCCUGCCACGCAGCGCCUUCAGACAGAUGGGCAGGAAGAUACUGGACAGGGAGUUCUGGAUGAGGGACGAGAAUGCAAAGGACUGCUUCAACUGCGGCGACGCCUUCACCACCUUUCGCAGAAAGCACCACUGCCGCACCUGUGGCCAGAUCUUCGACUCCAAGUGCACCUCGAUUGUCGCAGGCAAGCUCUUUGCGCAGCCGGGCAACCUGCGAGUGUGCAAGCCUUGCGAGAACAUCUUGUACGGCCACGGCGACGACUCUUCGGAUUACACCGAUGACGAUCAAGCAUCCAUCUACGACCACCAUCAAGCCGGGGACUUUGACGACGACGACGACGACGAGAUUGACCAGCCGCAGAGCGACCACACCAAGAUUGGCACCCCGACCAUCAGCAUACCAAUGUCGCGAAAGAGCGGCAGCGAGAAGAAGCGCCGGUCUCACGUCAUUGAAGUCGACGCGCAGACGCUGGCCAGGCCAAGCUCCUCGCGGUCAUUGCGUUCGCUCGGCGGGAGACCACGUUCUUCUAGUCACAAACGCCACCACUCCAAGCAUCAGCACAUGCGCCAUGUCAGACACGAUGACCGUGCGCCCUUUCACCACUAUCUUCACGAGAACCCUCGAACUCAACCCAGUCUGCCUGCCUUCCACCACGACAACAUCAUCGACCCUGACCUUGCCCCGUUCAUGUCGGACGAUGGCUCCAGCGAGGACGAGCACCCAAGCAUCUUUGCGGCCUUGAACGCAGACGCCUCGGCUGCUUCGGGCCUCGAAGGCGACAAGAGUGGCUUCGGCGGCCUUUUGGCCUCGUUGAAAAAAGGCAAGUCGCGUGCGGGAGACAAAGGCGGACCUGCUAAAGAUGGCGACAACGGCGCGCGGCCAACGAGGCGACGCAACCUGAGCGUCAGCAGCAUCACGCACCGUCCGUCACCACGACGCGCCAAGAGCACCAACCUGCUGAGACCAUUCACUUCAGGCUUUGGCGCAUCGCAGUCCGGCACCCCACAACUGCGUCCGUCUCCGUCGCCGACCCCGCCUGGCACGAGCAUCACACGUAGCGCAUCCAUGCAGGGCGGAAUUUUCCCAAAGGUCGAGCUCAACAAAGCCAGUCUCGAUCAUGCCCGCAAGCUCCUUGCGCAAAUGCUGCGCGACGCAGCCGUUGCGCACGUCUCCAGCUGGGAAAAGGCCCUCAUUCCAAUCUUGCGCCAAUGCACAGACGACGUCAACCCAGACGUGGACAGGGGCGACGACAUUGACGUCCGCAACUACAUCAAGCUGAAGAAGAUACCUGGGGCAAGGCCGCGCGACACAGCGUACGUGUCAGGCGUCGUGUUUACCAAGAACGUCGCCCUGCGCAGCAUGCCACGCAACAUUCCCAACCCGAGGAUCAUCAUCAUCACAUUCGCCAUCGAAUACGCACGCCAUCAGACGCACUUUCUGAGCCUGGAGCCUGUCAUCGCGCAGGAGCGAGAGUAUCUGCGCAAUCUGGUCAGCCGCAUCGCUGCUCUCCGGCCACACGUUCUUUUCGUUCAGCGCAACGUGUCCGGCUUGGCUUUGGAGUUCCUCGACGACGAAGGCAUCGCCGUGGUCUACAACGUCAAGCCCACGGUGCUCAACGCCAUCGCCAGGUGCACGCAGUCGCGCAUGAUUUCAUCGGUUGACAAGCUCGCCAUCGAUCCGUCUCACCUAGGACGCUGUGGGAGCUUCGACGUGCGCACAUAUGUGCACAGGAACACCAAGAAGACGUACAUCUACCUGUCUGGCUGUCAGAAGGAUCUCGGCUGCACCAUCAUCCUGCGAGGUGCCGAGAACCACGAUCUGGUCAAGCUGAAGCGCGUUACAGAGUUCAUGAGCUACGUGGUGUACAACCUCCGUCUCGAGACGUGUCUGAUGCGGGAUGAGUUUGUGGACACGCCGACAGAAUCCGUUGUUGAUCCUCACGCCGUCGGCGACGAUGCGCACAUGGAGAGCAUCAACGACGCGAUAGCCAAUGCCGCUGGCAUUGAAACUCACUCUGGCGACUUACCGACGAGGGAUGCUGCACCGUCCUACUACAGCGAUCUGGUGGAGAACCACCGCACAAAGGUAUUGUCAUCAUCACCGUUUGUCAAGUUCAUGCAGCCCUAUCUCCUAGAGCAGGCUCGCCAGUACGAGAGGAAGCUCGGCUCGCUCCGGAAACUAAAGGACCAAUACCCACCCGCGACAGGCGACGAGGAGGAUUCGACGCACGAGAAGUUUGAGCUCGUACAGCCAGAAAUGGUACAUGGAGUCGUCGAAGGAGCGUCAAAACCGAUGCGCGACUUUUUGUCUGCCGUGCACGCGUCCGAAUACGACAAGGCUCUGCACAACUACGAGACGCAAAAGCGACAAUGGGAAGCUUAUCUCUCCGGCAACACGGACCUAUAUGAUCCGUUCAACCACCAGAAGAUUGCCGUCUUAUACAGUGUGGUCAACACCACGACCUCGACGCCAUGCAUCGGGCCUGAGAUUAUUGCGCUUGGUUUCUAUCAAGAGCACGAUUACGACGACGGCUUCACCCCAGACUGUACUCUCGGCCAGUAUGUCGAAGAUCUGUGCACAUCAGCAAGCGUCGUCUGCGAAGUCGACGGGUGCAACCGCCGAAUGCUCGACCAUUCGCGUCAGUACGUGCACGGCGAGGGACAAAUGACCGUCGUCGUCCAAAAGCAUCCUCCAAAGCUCAAGGGUUUGCACCAAGCCAUGCUGAUGUGGAGCGCUUGCAGAGUCUGCGGGACCGAGACGCAGGCGAUUCCCAUGUCUGAAUGGACCUGGAAGUACUCAUUUGCCAAAUACCUAGAGUUGACGUUCUGGAGCACGCAGCUGCAAUCCCGCGUAGGCUCGUGUUCUCACGACAUCCACAAGCAGUACGCACGCUACUUUGGGUACAACAAUGUCGCGCUUCGCAUCCAGUACGACCCCGUCACAAUGUACGAGGUGAUUGUGCCAAGACCAAACAUCACCUGGAAGGUGGACAAAGAUCUGAAGCUCAAGAACGAGCAGUUCCUGAAGAUCGAAGAGCGGCUUGACUGUUUCAUGGCUUCUGUGCGCUCACGCAUCAAAAGUAUCCACGUCGAAAGCGUCAUCCCGGAAAAGGUCGAGGCAUGCAAGACAGAGGUCGAGCGUCUCAUCAAGCGCGCGAAUGACGAGCACGAGUUUCUGCGGCACAAGCUGCAAGACAAGUACAUGAACUCAAAGUACUACGAGAUCAUCCCGCUCAAUCGCGCCAUUCGUGCGAUACAAGAACGGGCCAUUGCGUGGGACGAAACCUUCAUGGACUUUGAGCAAGUCUUCUUUCCAUCUGAGAAGGAUAUUCGAAGGCUUGCCACCCUGCAGCUCAAAAAGCUGUUCCUCGAGCGCGACGAAUCCAGCACGUCUCUGACUUCGGUCGAUGAAGGCGUAGAGUCUGGUGAGGAAGAGCAUGGGUACGACGACAAGGAUGACCUCGCACUGACGCCGAUGCCGUCGAGUAUGUCUCCAGAAAAGGCCACUGACAUGUUGACAUUGGUGGUGAAGGAGGAUGGAGACCCACCCAACGAUGAUGAUGCCACUCCUUUAGCAGAGCGACCGUCUACACCACUCAUCAUUUCCGACUUGCCCAUACAGACACCUCGCGAAGCCGUAGAGCGCGAGGAUGUGAAGCACCUGGAUCUUGCAGUGUCGUCGGACUUUUCUGUCGCCCCAACCAAGGACGAGCAGCUGCCACAGACACCCACCCUGUCUCCUGAUGGAAAGGAGUUCGAUCCAGGAUCGCCUACCCCGACGAGCCACCCGAAGAUCAACCCCAUCGACAAGUCUCUAGCAGACGCCAUUGAGAAUAUGCAAGGUUCGCCAUCGCCAUCGCCAUCGCCAACGCCACACAUGACACUGGAAAGCAAGAUUCCGCGACUGGUAGAGACCAUCCGGCGUGAAACACCAGCCCGACCCGCCUCUUUGGCACGCACUCAGUCUCAACCUGGCAACAUACCGAAGCAUCCAUCGACGCUCCCACCCGCUGUGCCUUACAAACCAGAAGUCCUUCGACCGACGUUUAAUGAAUCGCAGAAAGCUUUGGAGCGCAUGACUGAGCGUUUGCGUCUUGGUAUCUCAAAGCAGUCAAGAUCAGUGUCCAGGAUCCCGCGCUCUGUACCCUUCAAGACUCAGUCCACCAAGGUCUCCAAGCUCGCGGAGCACUUCGAGCAGUUGUCCCGCGAGUUCCAAAAGGAGCGCACACGCGAGCGUUACCGUGCAAGGGACAGACAAGUGCGCGCGUACCCGCUUGCAUCUUCCAAACCCAUCGUCGAGGUCUACAAGGAUGUACACGAUGCUGUGCAAGAGAACGCAGCAUCUGAUGAGGACGCGCCGGUCGAGUCUCCACCCCGCACAAGCGUCGACAAUAGUACUCUCGACGACAGUGCGGUCACGGAAAUGACAGACGUAACGACAGCUCCACAGUCGCCAGUCGACGAGCGCCAAGGCCGAGAUCCGCCAGCAUCUCAUACGGAUGCUCUCACUGACAGCGAGGAGUCACCAAAGGCUGACAGUCACCCCACUUCUGAUGCCGAGAACGACGCGAGCGAUGUCGAGAUGGCUCCAGAAGACGUCCCCCUGCCAGACAGCAUCUCAAGCUCGCAGCUUCUCAACAUGAGCGACUCACAACUCGAGGCUUCAUUGGAGCUGCCCAAGCAUGAGAAGACCACACUGCUCAAGAUGCUCACCAACUUUUGGUCAGAGCGCUCUGCAAGUGGGUGGGCGCCCCUCGACUACCCGUUCGCUCAGAUCGAGCACGUUUGGGAGGACUCUGACAUAAUCGUUCGUGAAGACGAGCCUAGUUCGAUCAUCGCGCUGGCCCUGUCAAGUCCGGACUACUUAGCCAAGCUUCAAUCAUUCCGCGACGACCCAUCCGGCAUGGACACGGAGACUAUGGAAGAUUCGAUCGAGCGUAACCUCCUCCACGACAAGAACACCAACAUCCGUUAUGGAUUCACUAACCGAGGCGUCAGGGCGCAGUGUAAGAUCUUUUAUGCACAGUCGUUUGAUGCGCUACGGCGAAGGUGCGGAGUCGCAGAUCGCUUUGUCGAGUCACUCUCGCGUUGUUCCAAGUUUGAGUCCAAGGGUGGAAAAUCAAAGUCCAUCUUCCUCAAGACACUGGACGACCGCUUUAUCCUCAAGUCGUUGUCGCCUAUCGAGGUUCAAGCCUUCUUCAAGUUUGCGCCCAACUACUUCGCCUUUACGCAUCAGAACUUGUUCAGGCAGCUACCGUCCGUCAUUGCCAAGAUGUUCGGCCUCUUUCAAGUCCAGAUCAAGACACCCACCGGCCGCGACUUCGACUGGUUCAUGUUAGUCAUGGAGAACUUGUUCUACGACCGUGAGCCCAACCGCCGCUACGAUCUCAAAGGCAGCAUGCGCAACCGCAAGAUCCAGUCAACAGGCGAGCGUGACGAAGUACUUCUUGACGAAAACCUUGUAGACAUCAUCUACUCUGAGACGCCUAUCUUUGUGCGAGAGCACACCAAGAAGCUGCUCAAGGCCAGCGUCUGGAACGACACGCUGUUCCUGUCACAGAACAAUGUUAUGGACUACUCACUCAUGGCUGGAUUCGACGACGGCGAAAAAGAAAUCAUCGUGGGCAUCAUCGACUGCAUCCGCACGUACACGUGGGACAAGAAACUCGAGUCGUGGAUCAAAGACCGCGGAAAGAACAAGCCAACGAUUACGUCACCGAAAGACUACCGCAACCGAUUCAGGAUCGCAAUGGAGAAGUACAUCCUCCAGGCGCCCAACUGCUGGCACCAGUUCGCUGGGCGUAUGGCGAGGAACGUCAGCAGCGGAAGCACCAUUGGCGGCGCAGGAAGUGGAGGACACAGCAGAGGAGGUAGUUUGACGCAGAAGAGUAUCAUGGAAGACGUGGGGAACAUGGGAGAUGAGAUCUCGAGAGCGGAGGCCCGAAAGAUCAAGUAG